AUGGCACUAGAACAGUCUCAAUCACAAACUACUGUGCUUGUUACUACUUCUGAUAAUAUUAGCACUAGUUUUACAAUAGAUGCUUCCCAUCCUUUGUAUGUGCACCCUUCAGACAAUCCGGGUAUUAUGUUGGUGCCAACUCCUUUCUCUGGGUUUGGUUAUAACUCCUGGAAAAGGAAUGUGCUUAUUGCUUUGUCUGCUAAGAAUAAAGCUAGUCUAGUUAAUGAUAUUGCUGAGAGUGUUCUUCAUUGUAACACUACAAGAGACAUUUGGAAAGACAUAAAAGAGAGGUAUGGUCAGUCCAAUGCCAGUAGGUAUUACCAAAUCCAAAGGGAAAUUGCUGAAGUUUCCCAAGGUGAUUCAGAUAUUUCUAGUUACUUUACCAGGCUUAGGAGACUUUGGGAUGAACUUAAGACUGCCUCUUUUGGCCCAGAAUGCACUUGUGGGGCAGAACCACAAUGCAAUGCGGGACAAAGACUUAUCAAGUUCCUCACUGGGCUUAAUGACUCCUAUUCAAAUGUGAGGAGCAAUAUCCUCAUGAUCACUCCUGUCCCAACCUUAGGGAAGGCAUAUUCAAUGCUCCUUCAUUAUGAGAAACAAAGAGAAAUACAAACACCAAGACCCCUUUUCCUUUCAGAUUCAACUUCCUUCAUUGACAAAGUUAGUCCUAGUACAUAUGGUUCAACCUCUGGGAAGGUUGUCCUUAAUUCUUAUGCUCCAACUUCUGGGAAGCCUAGUCCUAGCUCUUAUGCUUCUAGUUCUGGGGGUGUUUCUGGUACAUAUGCCUCAACUUCUGGGACUAAGUCUUACAGUCAAAGGGUUAAUUUUGAUCAUAGAAAGCCAGAGCUGGUGUGCAAAUACUGCAAGAGGCAUGGUCAUUCAGUAGAGAAAUGCUAUAGGUUACAUGGGUUCCCUGCUGACUUCAAGUUCACAAAGAACAAGAAGAGUGCAGCUUGUGUUCAAGUCAAUGAUGGUCAGCUGACACCAUCAGCUUCAUCUGAUAGCUUUUCAUCCUCAUUCUCUCCUGCUCAUGGUUUCUCAAGGGAACAAUACAGUCACCUCAUGAAACUAUUCCAGCAGUCUCAAAUCCCUGAUUCUACCACAAAUACUGCAGAUGGUUCUGCUGCUAUGGCUGCCUUUGUAGGUAUGGUUUGUAGUUUUGCUACUUACACUGUGGCUUUAUCUUGUGCAUCUAAGUUGAAGGAUAAUAGUUGGAUCAUAGAUUCCGGAGCUACAAACCAUAUGACACCACACAAAGAUCUUCUUCACAAUAUAAAACCACGUCCCUUCCCUUAUCUUGUCACCCUUCCUAAUGGUUACAAAGUCAAGGUCAAUUGCACUGGCUCCUUGUUAUUGUGCAGUGACCUUGUACUGUGCCCCUUCUAUAAAGAGGCCUUGGAAGCUGGUAGAGCAGUAAAUGGGUUGUACGUUUUCCAAUCUCAUUCUACAAGUUCCUUGUCCAUCCCCCAUGCGGUAAAUACCAUAUCUGUUGUUAAUGCUAGUACUUCUUGUGAUUACAGUGCUUAUGAUUACUCUAGAUUUACAUGGACACGUCUCCUAUCUUGUAUGAGCAAUGCCUUCAAUACCAUUAAAGCUUUUAUUUCCAUGAUCAAAAAUCAUUUUAAUGCCACUGUCCAAACAAUUAGAUCUGACAAUGCUUUUGAGCUUGGGUCAAGCACAGAGGCUUCUUCUUUCUUCUAUGAUUCUGCCUUCUCCUCUGAUUUUGUAGAUGAUCCUUCUCAUCUCUCUUCUUCUUCUCCUCCUUCACUCUCCUCUUCUCCUUCACCCACAACAACAUCUGUACCUUCAAAUUCACCCUCCACACAACCACCUUCAUCCUCUCCACCAUCUCCUUCUUUUCCAGUUCUUCCUCCAAUUUCUGUUCCCACAAGGGCUUCUUCCAAACCUAAAACUACUCCCAAGUACCUUCAUGAUUUCAUUUGUUCUUCAGUUUCCCUUACUGUCCCUAUUAAUCCUACUUUUUCCUCAUCUGAGUUGCACAUACAUGAGCCACAAUACUAUCAACAGGCUACCUCCAGCCCUGACUGGCAUGCUGCUAUGGACCUAGAAUUCAAGGCACUUGAUGCUGUCCACCAACUAGAUGUCAACAAUACCUUCCUUCAUGGUGAUCUCCAUGAGGAAGUUUACAUGAAAAUUCCCCAAGGUUUGUCUGUUCUGUCCAACAAUUCUGAUCCUCCUUUAGCUUGUAGAUUAAAGAAAUCCCUCUAUGGACUUAAACAAGCUUCAAGGCAAUGGUUUGCCAAGUUAUCUAAAUCUCUUCUAACUAUGGGUUACACUGCUAGCAAGAAUGACAGUUCACUUUUUUCCAAGAUGUCUUCCUCCUUAUCUUUAUUGCUAGCUUUGUAUGUUGAUGAUAUUCUCCUGGUGGGAGAUGAUGAUUCUGAAAUUUCUGCCCUCAAGAACUUCUUGGAUGCUCAGUUUAAAAUUAAAGAUCUUGGUUGUGUCCACUACUUUCUUUGUCUUGAAGUGUCCAAAGUUCCUCUUAGGUAUGUGGUCAAUCAACACAAGUACACACAGGAUCUCCUUUCAGAAUUCCAUUGUGCUGAUGCCAAGCCUGCUUUGACUCCCCUUGAUCCUCAUCUGAAACUGUCUGUUGAUUCAGGGGAUCCCAUCUGUGAUCCUUCCUUGUAUACAAGACUUAUUGGGAAGUAG